AUGGCGGUCAUAUUCGUGCUCUUUUUUCUUGUUUCCAUGGCGCUUUCGGCGCGCAUCCGUCCCUCCUUCAAUGGAACGGCGUUGAGCGGCACCUCCAACAAACACCCCUUCGAACCAGGGCCCAACACCAUUUUUCGCGAAGAAGUUCCUCCCUCAGCUGCAGCCUCAGGGUUUCCGUCCGCGCACGGCACAGAACUUCGCACCCACGACCCCAGCAUCAUCAAGGUCGGAAGCAUAUACUACUCUUACAGCGUUGGCCCGAGCAUCACAAUCCACCAGGCUUUUAGCCUCGACGGCCCCUGGACGGAAGUUGGUGCUCUGCUCUCUGGCGAAAGUGUCAUAAAAAAAGGCGACCGAAAAGCCCCCUGGGCCGCGAACACAAUCUACAUCAACGGCCGGUACUACUGCUACUACUCCGUUAGCAAUUCGGGGUGUCGUGACAGCGCGAUUGGCGUUGCAUCAAGUGCGUUUCCCGGCCCGGGAGAGUGGACAGAUCAUGGGCUCAUUAUCCAGUCGGGCACUGGUGAGGGAAGUGAUGUGUUUCCGCUGAACCAGUCGAAUACGAUUGACCCGAAUGUAUUUGUGGAUGGUGACGGCACUGCGUACUUGAAUUUUGGCAGCUUCUGGACGGGUCUUUGGCAGGUUCCUCUUGAGGAGGAAUUAGUGACGGUGAAGGGUCUGCAGGACGGGACUCUAGAUGCCGUUCAUCUUGCCGCUGAACCUGGGAAGGUAUGGCGGUCGAAAUUGGCCAACUCGAAGGCAAAGACCGUUAGCACGAGUAAAACCGGAAGUCCCAUCUGCGGCGACCCGACAGGCGGCCAUCCCAUUGAAGGCGGAUUUAUGGCUUACCACGCUCCCUACUACUACAUGUGGUUUAGCUGGGGGCGCUGCUGCGAGUUCAAGGACCCGGCUAUGCGGUCGAAUGGGAAAGAGUACCGCAUUCGCGUUGGCCGGUCCACAAGCGCACGGGGCCCCUUCGUUGAUAAACAGGGCAUUGACCUUGUUGACGGCGGCGGCGAGACCGUCUACGGCUCAAACGGCGAUGUGUUUGCCCCUGGAGGGCAGGGAAUCCUGACCGAUGAGUUCGGGGAUAUCCUAUACUACCAUUAUCUUAACUCAUCAGUCAGUUAUGACUUUGCUGACGCGCGACUUGGGUAUAAUCGGUUGGAGUAUGUGGAUGGCUGGCCUGUAGCGGUGUAUUAG